UUAGGUUAUGUUUCAUCGCGUCGCUAUUCGGAUUCGUGAUCGGUGCCACUGCCAUGUAUGUACGUACGUAUGUACAUACAUGCGUAUGUACGUCAAUGUAAAUUAGUAAAUUAGGAAAUUACUUCCUCUGAUGUUAAGGUGGAACCUGGUGGAACCAACGAGAUCUCGUAUCGUUCAAAGUAUCAGCCGACUAGGAACGUAUCUAUCGAAAAGUACGAGGUGACACGUCGAGAAGUACUGUACCUACAAAGUAGAAGUGGUUGGAUUCUAAUGUCAAUUAUUAGAGAUGCAAGAUGGAGCAGCUAGAAGUAACAGGGAUUAUACUAAGAUUGUGCCUAUUCAACAUUCUAAUGAUAAACUGGAACAGCGCAACUGCAAUAGCUCAUAAGGAUCAAUCUCAAAGUCUGAUUAACCUAGGUGGUCAAGGCUUAUAUAAUGCCAGAGAUGAUGUAGUAAUACUCAAUGCCACAAAUUUCAAAACAAGUGUUUACGAGAGCACCAGGAGCUGGCUUGUUGAGUUUUAUAACAGUUGGUGCGGCUUUUGUUACAGAUUUGCACCAACAUGGAAGGCUUUGGCAAGUGAUGUUCUACCUUGGAAUGACAUUGUCGUCGUUUCGGCUAUAGAUUGUGCCGAUGAUGACAACAAUCCGAUCUGUCGUGAGUACGAGAUCAUGCACUAUCCAAUGUUAAAAUAUUUCUCUAUAAACACACACUCGCCGACCUUGGGUAUAGUGAUAGAAAAGGGGGACAGCGUUGAUUCAGUGAGAAGUAAUUUAAUUAACAGGCUCGAAACAGAACAACAGGAAGGACGAGGAUCUACGUGGCCUAACAUUGCACCAUAUAGGAAUAUUGAAAUAACGGACAUAUGGAAAACAGCAUCUAGCAAUGUAAAGCAUUUCUUCCUGAUUUUCGAGAACACGGAUUCACACUUGGGCGCGGAAGUCAUUCUUGAUCUACAUAAAAUCAGCAGCUUGCAAAUACGUAGGGUGACUUCCGACAACGAACUAUUGUGCGUAAUGAAUAAAGUUACCAAGUUCCCAACUUUGAUAGCCUUUGGACGCAAUGAAUCACAGAGGAUUGUCAGCGUGAGAAUACCGACGAGGCAGGGAAUUCGGCAAGCUAUUAAGGAUUAUGUAAUCGCGAGAGGAGUGAAUAUCGACGAGAUAAUUACAACAGUGUCGCAUAAUACUGUGCACGUUGUGGGAAUCACACAUCAAACGACAAUCGCAACGAUUAUAAAGAAUCACCAAGUGGUAGAGGAACAAUUACAAUCGUCGAAAAACACCAAUGAUUAUUUGUAUCAAAUUGAUCUAGAGAAUGCGCUACGUUAUUCAAUCAAUCAUGAGAUAUCAAUGAUGAAGUCAAUAGAUGGUGAGAAAAUGAAGGCAUUACGGAAAUAUCUUGUGGUGUUAGCGACGUAUUUUCCUCUGCGACGUAAUAACGUAUAUUUGGAGGUGAUACGCGAUGUUGUCGAGAAGAAGAAUGCUAUGACCGGCGAAGAAUUCAGCCAACUAGCGAAGACGACGGAGGAAGAAAUGUCGCCGGUAUACUCGAGAGCGUCCCGUCAAUGGAUAGGAUGUAAGGGAAGUACGGAUUCAUAUCGCGGAUAUCCUUGCGGAUUGUGGACCAUGUUUCACAUGCUGACUGUAAAUUUCGCAUUAGAACGCAACAAAGAUGUUACUCAGACUUUCUCACGGGAUCCUACGGCGGUACUACGGGCGAUGCAUGGUUAUAUUGGAACCUUCUUCGGUUGCGCCGACUGUGCUACGCAUUUUCUGGAGAUGGCCAACAAAAACAAGAUAUUCAACGUGCGCAACAAAGAUGAAGCAGUGCUCUGGUUAUGGCAGGCACACAAUCGGGUAAACGCCCGAUUGUCAGGCGACGAUACGGAGGAUCCCGAGCACAAAAAGAUACAAUAUCCCGCGGCUGAGCACUGCCCGGUAUGCAGACACGUUAACAAUAGCUGGAAUGAGGAGGAAGUUUUACGUUAUCUAAAAGUCAAAUAUGGCUAUAAUAGCAUCAAGUUCGAUGAAAUCAGCGCUUCUGAUGAAGUAGAUAUGACUAAUGGCAACGACUCGAGAAUGAGGCUAGAAAGACUCGCCAAGGAAACGAAGCGCGCCACGGCUUUUGGUUGGGACUUGAACAUAUUCGAUAUCAGCAUCUGCGUGGUGUUGUACGUUACCUCUGCCGCAAUACUCAUAUUAGUAUGCAUCAAGUUUGCCGUUAAAAGGACAUAUAAGAAAAAAAGUCACAUUAAUCUACUGUCCAAAGUAUAAUCUUUUUUCUUAUACUUUACACUCUAUGCGUAUAAUCGUGUAACGUGUUUCUGGACCAGCAAGUAUCACUGAGACACUCAAGUUCCAAGAUAACUCUUAUUUCAAAUUCUUAGGUUGUGAUAUUUUCCAGCUAUAAUAAUCAUUCCAAACAAACAAAAGGCGACAAAAGUCGAAUUUGCAUUUGGACGAAUGCAAUUCAAGAAUUUUUGUGAAUUAAACUGAUAGCGCCAAUAGCGAAACAAAUAGUAUCGAUGAUAAGAAACUGAUCAAAGUGGACUUAAGCUCUAAAAUAAUUCAAAAUACAUACAUACUCUCUCUUUUUCUUUUUCGAUUCCAAGUAAAGAAACGUUUAAUCAGAAUCAGAUGUUUUGCAGAUUAUAUAAAAAAUAUAUUAAAAUUUUUUUACUGAGAAAAACAGCAUGCAUUUUAUAUCAAAUGCUCUCAAAACCAGACGAUAUAUUCUUUCGCGUGUUUUUCUAAAUGAAAAUUGAAAUGCGAUUGAUUAUAAAAUUCUCUUUAAAAUUUUCCAACUAACGAUUAUAUGUACUUUGUAAUAUUGCCUUAAAAACUCGUCCAAAGAAUAUAUCUUUAUUAUCAACUUUUUGAGAAGUGAUUUCUAUUAUAUUUAGAUAUUCGCAUUAUUUUGUAAAAGAUAUAGAAAUAUAGAUGUAUGUCUGAUUAUAAUAUAUGAGGAUAGUUCGAAAAGUUCUUAGCCUGAUGCUACAAAUAUCAACCUGCUAUAAUUUUAAACAAGUUUGAUAGUCUUUUACAAGACUAUUGUUGAAAUUUGAGACAGAUGCGUUCAUUAAUUUCUUUGUUUUGGUUGUGUGAAGCAAUCAACUUUUGGUUGCGUCAUGACAAUGCACCCGCUCAUUUUCUUCAAUUACAGGCGCAAAAUUUCAUGAAUUGCUCCCGUAAACACCAUUUCACCAGAUUUCACAUAAUCUUUUAUCAUUUCUGUGUCAGGAUGAGAACUUUUCGAACUAUCCUUCUACAAAGACAAGAUAAGAAUGACUCAAGUACAUAAUUCAUAAAGUACAUUCGAUUAUUUAAUAUCACUACAUGUACAGAAUGUGUGUUCUCUCAUCAUGCUAUAGCAUGUUAGAGAUUAUAUGCAUUUAUAAUUAUGAAACCAAUAUGUCAUAAAAAAUAAUGCGACUGUUUAACGCUUCUUUAUCUGAAAGCGACGUGAUUGAUCGUAAAAUAAUUUUCUCUCGGAAUAUUAUUAUUAUUAUUAUUAUUAUUAUUAUUAUUAUACAUUAUAUUGGAAACUCUAAACAGUAUAAAAUCACAAUACAGUUAAUUACCACAGUAUAUCAGGUAUCGAAAAAUAAUACUCUACUAUUGUAUUCUAGCUUCAAGCGCUUCCUGAAAUUUUUACAUGCGCCUUCCUUUUAUAUUAUUUUAUAUAGUUCGUUUACACUUUAUAUUAUUUAACGCAUGAGAAGCUACCAUUUAGGAAUAAAUGAGUGUUCAGAUAAGGAAAAAAUUGUACAAUUGCUAAUAUGUCAGAUCAAAAUGUCAAAUCAUAUAAUCUCUGGUUGCCAUCAUGUAAUUGUAAAUUCGAGUAAUCAGAGGCUAUGUUCCAAAAUUUACUCUAAGCGCUGAAAAUUUAUUUAGCUCACAUGACGUACACUACAUAUUUUCAGUACUAGCAGCGAAGUUCAGGAAAAUGAUGAGAGAGAUCGUAUAAAAGAUUAUGGUUGUGAGCUACAAGUUAUAAAUGUCUAUGCCGAUAAAAAUCGAUCUUUUAUGAAUAUUUAAUUUGUAAAUAGAUAUCCAAGAAAAAUUGUUUUUUCUUUUACUGAUUAUGUAUAUAAACCACCGUCUUUCUUAUAUGUACAGUUUUUUAAUAAAAUACUCGUAUAAUUAAAUAUUCUAUUAUCUUUAAAGAUAACAAGUAACAAAAA